AUGGACAGUAGCUGCCACAACGCGACCACCAAAAUGUUAGCGACUGCUCCGUCCCGAAGCAACAUGAUGAGCACUUCCAAACCCUUGGCUUUCUCCAUCGAACGAAUCAUGGCGCGCACCCCCGAGCCCAAGGCCCUGCCUGUCCCCCACUUCCUGCAGGGAGCCGUGCCCAAAGGGGACCCCAAGCACUCUCUGCAUCUCAACUCGCCAAUCCCCUGCAUGAUCCCCUUCGUGCCAGUGGCGUACGACACGAGCCCCAAGGCGGGAGUGACCGGCGCAGAGCCGCGGAAGGCGAGUCUGGAGGCCCCGGCUGUACCGACAGCGGCGCCCUGCGCUCCCGCGUUCAGCUGCAGCGAUCUGCUCAACUGCGCGCUGAGUCUCAAGGGCGACCUGGCCCGCGACGCGCUGCCGCUGCAGCAGUACAAACUGGUAAGGCCGCGUGUGGUCAACCACUCUUCCUUCCACGCCAUGGGCGCCCUCUGCUACCUGAACCGAGGGGACAGCCCGUGCCACCCGGCGUCCGGCGUCAACAUCCACCCGGUGGCUUCCUACUUCCUCAGUUCCCCUUUGCAUCCGCAGCCAAAAACGUAUUUAGGCGAAAGGAAUAAACUGGUGGUCCCAGCGGUGGAGAAGUACCCCUCGGGGGUAGCUUUCAAAGACCUGUCCCAGGCGCAGCUGCAGCAUUACAUGAAAGAAAGCGCUCAGCUUCUGUCGGAAAAAAUCGCGUUCAAAGCCUCGGAGUUCAGCCGAGUCUCCCCGAAUGCCAAACCCAAAGUUUUCACUUGCGAAGUGUGUGGAAAGGUCUUUAACGCGCACUAUAACUUAACCCGUCAUAUGCCGGUGCACACAGGAGCCAGACCUUUCGUUUGCAAAGUGUGUGGAAAGGGCUUCCGGCAAGCCAGCACCCUGUGCAGACACAAGAUCAUCCACACCCAGGAAAAACCUCACAAAUGUAACCAGUGUGGCAAAGCAUUUAAUAGAAGUUCCACUUUAAACACGCAUACCCGAAUACACGCAGGCUACAAACCGUUUGUGUGUGAAUUCUGUGGCAAAGGAUUUCAUCAAAAAGGGAAUUACAAAAACCACAAGUUGACCCACAGCGGGGAGAAGCAGUUCAAGUGCAAUAUCUGCAACAAGGCUUUCCAUCAGGUUUACAACCUCACAUUCCACAUGCACACCCACAACGACAAGAAGCCCUUCACUUGCCCCACGUGCGGCAAGGGCUUCUGCAGGAACUUUGACCUCAAGAAGCACGUUCGAAAACUGCACGACAGCGGCCUGGGGCUGGCCCGCACACCUGCUGGGGAGCCGGGCACCGACCCGCCCUCGCUACCCCAGCCGCCACCCGCGACGCUGCCGCCUCUGCCGCCGCCACUGCCGCCCCCUGGACCCCUGCAGCCCGGGCUCCACUAG